UUUUUGUUGUUUAUAUUUUGAUUUCGAGAUUUAUUUGAAACAUUUCUAAGAAGAAAUGAAGUCCAUAUGUACACUUGUUUUAUUUCUAACGACUAUUUUUAUUUACGAAACAAAAGCCAGUUGGGAAGAAUGGUGGACAUACGAUGGUAUUUCCGGUCCUGGUUUUUGGGGCUUAAUCAAUCCACAAUGGAACAUGUGUUCAAAAGGUAGAAGACAGUCACCAAUAAAUGUAGAACCAGAUAAAUUAUUAUAUGAUCCAUUUUUAAGGCGGAUACAUCUUGAAAAACAUAUGGUAUCAGGGAAAUUAUAUAAUACUGGUCAAUCAUUAGUAUUUAGGGUGGAUCAAAGUAGUAAACAGCACGUGAAUAUUAGUGGCGGUCCUUUAGCGUAUCGUUAUCAAUUUGAAGAAAUUUAUAUACAUUAUGGUACAGAAAAUAAUCAUGGAUCUGAACAUCAAAUUCAAGGAUAUAGAUUUCCUGGCGAGAUACAAAUUUAUGGUUUUAAUAAAGAAUUGUAUCAUAAUAUGUCAGAAGCACAACAUAAAUCCCAAGGAAUUGUAGGGAUUGCAUUAAUGGUUCAGAUCGGAGAAAAACCUAAUUCUGAGCUACGUAUUAUUACUAGUACAUUUAAUAAAGUUCAAUAUAAAGGUCAAUCAACAGAGAUUCGACAUUUAUUGUUACAUAAUUUACUGCCACGAACAGAUCAAUUUAUGACGUACGAGGGAAGUACAACGCAUCCGGGUUGUUGGGAGACCACAGUGUGGAUUAUACUUAAUAAACCUAUUUAUAUUAGUAAACAAGAGCUUUAUGCCCUACGAAAAUUAAUGCAGGGUACAGAAGAUACGCCGAAAGCUCCAUUAGGAAAUAAUUCCAGGCCGUUACAACCACUGUAUCAUCGAACAGUGAGAACCAAUAUUGACUUUAGUAGACAGAGUAAUAAAAAUUGUCCAUCGAUGUUCAAAGAUCCAUACUAUCGAGCAAACAAAUGGGGCUCAGAACAUUCAACUGCAUUCCAUUCGACAUUCAACUGAAACAGAGAAAACUGAAAUUUUGCUUAUGAAUAAAAUAAAUUUAAAAAAAAUAUUAGCUUAUAACUCUCUCUAACUAA